UCCCAAAAUAAAAGCACCGGUUCGAUAUCUCUGUACAUUUCUCGAAAUGGGUUAUUCCGCGUAAAACGUUAUAAAAUAGCGUCUGAAUUCGAACCGCCCCAGCUCUAUCGACCGGUCCGCGAUCCAGGAAACUCCUCAGUUCCGUUUCGGUUCUCAAUCCUGCAAGGACCUUCAAAUGUUUGGACCCCUUUUAUUAGGGCGACACGAAUUACUGACCUUUCCGAUGGAGUUCCACCAGCUCGAGGCACGCGUCUACCUCACCUCCUAGAUUUUAUAUAAACAAUAUUUUUUUUAUUCGCGGUGGUACUAUGAAAAUUUUACUUGUAUAUAAACAUUUUAAGAUAAAGUGAUUAAAAAAAAAAAUGGUAUUGCAAAAAUUGGUAUCUACGAGAUAUUGGUAUUCGAGAAGAUCGAGCAAGCGGGUGGUUUCGUUGAGUUGCCUGGUAUCUAUAGAUGCCGAUGGCGGCUAUUAUCCGGCCACGCCGCCCGCAGCCAUGAGGCUACAGGAGGAGAAUUUAUCGUCGCCGUCCGGGGGCCCCGCCAACCAAAUAAUCGCCAUCGAAACCAACAACAAUCGCGCCACCGGCUCCGAACUGGAGCUAUUAGCAAAACUGGAAGAGGCCAACAGACUCUUCGAGUCGGACGCCAAAUCGCUCAAUUCGUUGAGCGGGGCUUCGGCGACGUCCGGACAUUCUCGAAAGAGUUCCGAUACGUCUCAGAUAUCUCUAACGUCAGGGACGAGUUCGACUCAGGAACGGGCAGAAGACGGAGGCGAAGAGGACCUGUGGGUCACUUGGGGUCAUGUAGUUAACGAUUGGGAGAAUAAUUGGAGGAAACAGAACGCGCAAAUAAGGGAGUUGGUCCGUAGGGGUAUACCCCUACAUUUUAGGCCGAUAACAUGGCAGUUGUUGUGCAGAGCCACCGAUUCGCCCGAAAAAAAAUUGUACGCCGAAUAUAUAAAGACAAAAUCCCCCUGCGAAAAAGUCAUAAGACGCGAUAUAGCCAGAACCUAUCCGGAACACGAAUUUUUCAAAGAAAAAGACGGACUAGGCCAAGAAUCUCUCUUCAACGUUAUAAAAGCUUAUUCUCUACACGAUCGAGAAGUAGGAUAUUGUCAAGGUUCAGGUUUCAUAGUGGGAUUGCUUCUGAUGCAGAUGCCGGAAGAGGAAGCGUUCGCCGUUUUGGUGCGGAUAAUGGAGGAUUACCGGAUGCGAGACAUGUUCAAGCCCAGCAUGGCCGAAUUGGGGCUGUGCAUGUACCAAUUGGAGAACCUCGUCGCCGAAUACCUGCCGGAUUUGAAUCGACAUUUCCAAUCGCAAAAUUUCCACACUUCCAUGUACGCUUCCAGUUGGUUCCUCACCCUUUUCACAACGGCCCUAUCGUUGCCAUUGGCGUGCAGGAUCAUGGACGUUUUUCUUUCCGAAGGAAUGGAGAUCAUAUUUAAGGUGGCUCUGGCCAUGUUGACGUUGGGAAAGGACCAACUCAUGUCUCUAGAUAUGGAAGGAAUGUUGAAGUAUUUCCAAAAAGAACUUCCCGUUCAAGCUGAGACAGAACCAGAGGCUUUAAUGCAAACCGCUUACGAAAUGAAAUAUAACGCGAAGAAAAUGAAGAAAUUGGAGAAGGAAUAUAUAGUUAUUAAGACUAAAGAACAAGAAGAAAUGGCCGAAUUGAAAAGAUUGCGACAGGAAAACAAACAGUUGAGACACCGUUGCGAAAUGUUGGAAGAAGAAAGUAAAGCGUUAGCCGACAGAUUGGUGAAAGGACAAGUGAGCCGAGCCGAAGAAGAAGAAACCACUUUCGUCGUCCAAAGGGAGCUCGAAGCGUUGAGACACACCCAUCUGGAAACUACCCACCAGCUCGCAUUAGCCAACGAAAGGAUUCGAGCUUUGUCGUUGAUGAUGGAAGAAACUCACACUUCGCGCCAGUCUUCCAUGGAAGAGAUAACGCUGAAGCAAGAACAGCUUUUGCAAAGGGAAGAGAUGAUAGAAUGUCUCCAGGAAGAGUUGGUGAAGGUCAGGCUGAGGAAAGCGGAAGACGACGCCAUUAUACGGGAUCUCCGUUCGAGAAUACACGAAUUAGAAGAAGAUAAGAAAACGCUGAGGGAAACGACGCCGGAUAAUAGCGUGGCGCAUCUGCAAGAAGAAUUGAUCGCCGUGAAAUUGAGGGAGGCCGAAGCCAAUCUUUCUCUGAAAGAUUUGAGACAUCGAGUGUCGGAAUUGAGCGAUCAAUGGCAGAAACAUCUGCAGGUAAAUGAGAACCGUUCGGAUUUUGAUUCGGUUUAUUGUAUUCGGGUUUCGCAGGACCAUAAACAAGAUCCGCCGCCGCCGCCCGAUCCGCUUAGUACCCCCAAGAAACUUCUAUUCGGUAAAUUGGGACACAACGAAACGCAAAAGCUCGAAGAAGAAUUGAUGACAACUAGAAUCAGGGAGAUGGAAACGUUGACGGAAGUGAAAGAACUUCGUCUGAAGGUUAUGGAAUUAGAAACGCAGGUCCAAGUUAGCACCAAUCAACUACGAAGACAAGACGAGGAAAUUAAAAAGCAAAUGGAACUGCUGGAAUGCGCGGAAAUGAAAAAGAAAGAGGCGGCAGCUCGGUUAUUGGAAGAGCAACGCCGAUACUCCGAUCUCGAAAGUAAAAUGAAAGACGAAUUGAUGAGAGCUAAAAUAAGCGACGCGGAAAAAACUCAAACGGUCGCUACGCUGAUGCAACAAAUCGGACAAUUGGAACUUAAAAGUCAAGAAAUAGCCACUGAAGGUGAACUGAGGAUCCAUUCUGUUGACGCAAGCGAUAAAGUCAGAGAGCUGCAAGACAAAGUGGCAGAUCUACAAGCCGAGGUCUUAAGGCUGGAAAGGAGUAAAGGAGGUUACGUCGGCGGUCGCUUGUCGGGAGACAGAUCUUCAUCGAUAGACAGCACCGAUGACGAUUCCAGACUAGUCCUAGACGAUUCAACGUUGCGUUUAAAUAUUGUAGAUUCCCCCACAUCGAGUAACGAAUUGAAUUUCAGCGAAUUGUCCAAAUCAACGAUGAGGAACAACUUGGAAUCGAGCGCGAAACCUCGCGCAAACUUAGAUGUAUAUAAUAGCGAAAAUGACGUGCCACAAGUCUGACUAAAUUUUUUUCUCCUACAAUGAUACUAAACCCCCCUUCCCCCCCCCCCCCAAAAAAAUGACGUACGUAGAGAUUCUUAUGAUUGUUAUAAACAGGCGAAAAAAUAUUCGAAAUUGUAGUCUGAACGAACCAUCGAAUCAUUUUUGAUAAUUAUUUAAAAAAAUUUUUCGGAUACCGAUGCGAUCUAGUAACAAUUUGCCCAAAAUUGAACGGGGUAGGUGUUGAUCCUGCGCUGGUAUACCGAAAAAAAAAAUAACGGAACUGGUAUACGGGAGUAUUUUAAAAAAAACUCCGGAUAAAUAUAAAAUAUAAAAGUAGAAACCCAUUUGAAUGUAACGUUGAAAUAAUUUUUCUCUUUUUUUGGGAUAUUUUCUGUAUUAUUUUGAAAAAUUUAAACUCACUCUACCUUGUAACACAUAAAUUAAAAUCAAAAUGUAUCAUAAAGCCGGUAAGUUUGGAAAUUACUACUCGAAGUACUACUUUCUGGUCCUUCGAGCCGGAUGAAAACCAUUUUUACUUAAAUUUUCCAUAUUUUCUGUUUAAUCGUUUCUGUAGUUAAAUUUCCUUCUCCGUAGUUACAUUUCAUACAAUAAAGUGAGAAAUUUUCAACCAAAAAGUGAAAUAAUCUCAGAGAUUUAAACCUGUAAUUGAAAAUUAACGCCAUUUUGGUCGUUUUCUGAACUAUUUUGAAAAAUUUAAACUCACCCUACCUUCUAACGCAUAAAUUGGAAUCAAAUAUGAUCAUAAAACUAGUAAGUUUGGAAAUUACUACUCGAAGUACUACUUUCUGGUCCUUCGAGCCGGAUGAGAACCAUUUUUGCUUAAAUUUUCCAUAUUUUCUGUUUAAUCGUUUCUGUAGUUGAAUUUCCUCCUUCAUAGAUACAUUUCAUACAAUAAAACGAGAAAUUUUCAACCAAAAUGUGAAAUAAUCUCAGAGAUUUAAACCUGUAAAUGAAAAUUAACGCCAUUUUGGUCGUUUUCUAAAUUAUUUUGAAAAAUUUAAACCCACUCUACAUUAUAAUCCAUUAAAUUGAAACCAAAACUUGAAAUAAAACCAGUAACUUUGGAAAUUACUACUCGAAGUACUACUUUCUGGUCCUUCGAGCCGGAUGAGAACCAUUUUUGCUUAAAUUUUCCAUAUUUUCUGUUUAAUCGUUUCUGUAAUUGAAUUUCCUCCUUCAUAGAUACAUUUCAUACAAUAAAACGAGAAAUUUUCAACCAAAAUGUGAAAUAAUCUCAGAGAUUUAAAUCUGUAAUUGAAAAUUAACGCCAUUUUGGUCGUUUUCUGAACUAUUUUGAAAAAUUUAAACUCACCCUACCUUCUAACGCAUAAAUUGGAAUCAAAUAUGAUCAUAAAACCGGUAAGUUUGGAAAUUACUACUCGAAGUACUACUUUCUGGUCCUUCGAGCCGGAUGAAAACCAUUUUUACUUAAAUUUUCCAUAUUUUCUGUUUAAUCGUUUCUGUAGUUGAAUUUCCUCCUUCAUAGAAUACAUUUCAUACAAUAAAAUGAGAAAUUUUCAACCAAAAAGUAAAAUAAUCUCAGAGAUUUAAACCUGUAAUUGAAAAUUAACGCCAUUUUGGUCGUUUUCUGAACUAUUUUGAAAAAUUUAAACUCACCCUACCUUCUAACGCAUAAAUUGGAAUCAAAUAUGAUCAUAAAACUAGUAAGUUUGGAAAUUACUACUCGAAGUACUACUUUCUGGUCCUUCGAGCCGGAUGAGAACCAUUUUUACUUAAAUUUUCCAUAUUUUCUGUUUAAUCGUUUCUGUAGUUGAAUUUCCUCCUUCAUAGAUACAUUUCAUACAAUAAAACGAGAAAUUUUCAACCAAAAUGUGAAAUAAUCUCAGAGAUUUAAACCUGUAAAUGAAAAUUAACGCCAUUUCGGUCAUUUUCUGAACUAUUUUGAAAAAUUUAAACCCACUCUACAUUAUAAUCCAAUAAAUUGAAACCAAAACUUGAAAUAAAACCGGUAAGUUUGGAAAUUACUACUCGAAGUACUACUUUCUGGUCCUUCGAGCCGGAUGAAAACCAUUUUUACUUAAAUUUUCCAUAUUUUCUGUUUAAUCGUUUCUUUAGUUGAAUUUCCUUCCCCAUAGUUACAUUUCAUAUAAUAAAAUGAGAAAUUUUCAACCAAAAAGUAAAAUAAUUCCUGAGAGAAAGAAAAUCAUUGGAAACUACUCCAAAAACCACUUGAAAUGUUCAAAAUUGUGAGAAGUUUAGCGAUCACAAUAUCUCAAAUAACUUCAAAUGUAUUUACAACAAAAGAAACAGAGUUUAAAAUAAUUGUUUGUUGCAAUUGUCAUUGACUCUUUAGCUUCUUCUUCUUCUUUCUCGUCUACUAUCCUACCAUUCAGCCUUUUGAGAAGUAGAUGUCCAACUUUCGUGUCAACUCUUGGAAAAUCGACCAAAAGGUCUCCUCGAAAUUGAUCCAUCCUUUAGCCCAUCAAUCUUCCAUAAUCGGCGUGAUCUCUCCACUAAAUCUUCAAUAGUUUUCAUCUCUACUACUUCAUACACUUAAACCGAACACUAAACACUUUCAAACGCAUCCAGCAAUUUAUUAUCGGAUACAUUUUUUAAUAAUGUGCUCUUUAAACCAGACAAUAACGGAUCUCCUAGUUUGUCCAAUAUUUCUAUUUCUACUAGAUUUGUUUUUAUCGCAUUUUAAAGACUCCCGUCGACGUCGGUUAUCCCACAGUAUAGAUUUUACACUAUAAGAAAAAUUAUACAACGUUGCCAGAUUUGGGAAAUAUCAAGAAUAUAAUAACCGGACGAUUUUUCAUUUUUGGAUGUGCCCCCACGUUAGUAAAAAAUUAUUAUUGGGUGUUAGUAUGUACACUUAGAGAUUUGACAAUGUUAUAUAUCUGUUAGUUGUGCAUUUAGAAUUUGAUAUUAAAAAAUGGGGUCGAAUUUUUGAAAAUUUUCAACGGCUCUAUCAUAUUCAAAAGGGUGAUUAGAUAGUAAUUAAUGAAUAGUGUGAUUUUAUGUAAAUUACGGUUUAACAAAAUACUUUGUAUACAAGGUGUUUCGAUAGAAAUUAUUUUAACCGAUUAAUUAAAAUAUUUACUUGAAUUUAUUAAAAAAAAAUUGUUAUUACUAGUAAAGUUUAAUUAGAACCUCAAUAAGUCUACAGAAAUAUCUUGUAUGUAUUAAAAAAAAAUAUUAUUUUGCUAUUUAUUUAUUCAACUGUCCAUAGGCAGUUGAAGCACUUGUUCCUGGAAUUUAUUUUUAUUAUAAUUUUUUUUUUUAAUCAAAAACCAGUAGCUUCAUAAUAAUUUUAAAAAAGCUCUUCUUCUUCUAAUUCUAGAGACUAGUGACUACAUUUUUCAUAUUAAGCUGGUAGGUUAAUUAACAAAGACCAAAUGUAUUCUUGUUUCGGGUUUCGAUUACUAGUUCAUACCAGUCCAUACCAGAUUUGUGGAAGAGAUGUAUGAAGUUGACAAUUUUAACGCACAAAAAUUGUUUAAACAUUCAAUUGACUCGUUUGUAGAUUUCCCGGAUUACACUCAGCCAUACGACUGAUAAUUUAAUUCAUAAGUUGAAAAAUUGUGGAAAAUGCUUCAUCGGUACAAAAUAAAAUCAACUCAAAACUAUCAAUUGAUGAGGAAUUUAAAUGAAACGAGGUCGAGGAUGAGUAAAUUUUCGAUAAAAACCAUCUACAUUUACAACUUACGGAUUAAAAUGUGAUAAUAAUUUGAUAGAAAUCUACUAAACGUUACUACCCCUGUAUCUAAACCUAUCAGCACUAGUAUAGAAGACGGGAAAUGAUAUUUUAGUUGUAUACGUUAUAAUAAUUGAAACAUCACUCAAAAAGUCACGUGAUUAACUAAGAAAAAAUCGAUUUUGUUCUCAUCGUAGAAGGAUUUGUCUUUUGCCUAAAAAUAGGCUUCAGUUUCAUCAAUUGCUUCUUCAUUUGAUCUAAAUUUCUUUGCCGGCGAGCAUAUUUUUGAGAUCAGUAGUCGCUGGGGACUAGAUCUGGACUGUACGGUGGAUGAGGAAGCAAUUCGAAGUAUAAUUCAUUCAAUUUAACCAUCGACUUUUGAAUCUUGGUCAAACUGUAGAUUUUUUUCCUUCGACAUAUGAGACCGUUUUUUGCUUACCAACAUGUCCAACAUGUCUAUGUGGUAUUCGCCACUGAUUAUCUCUCCCUUUUGGAGAUAGUUGAUGAACGAUAUUCCAUGGGAAUCCCAAAAUACUGAAGUCAUAACCUCCCCAGCUGGCUGGACGCUUUAGCGGCCACAGUCCACUCAGAUUAUGAUCGUUUUGGUUCCGGAGCGAAGGAAUGGAUCCAUUUUUCAUCAAUCGUCACGUAUCCGGCGAGAAAGAUCUGAUUUAUUAGGUGUAAACCUAACCAAACGCUGCUCUGAAUCAUCUACACGUCAAUUGGACGACCAAAACGUUCGCCAUCAUUUGAAAUAACAAAAGUGGCUUCACUUAAAUGGCCGUCACUUUUUUCUGACAGAUCGAAAUGUCAUGAAAUUUGACACAUGGUCGUUUGAAAGUUGGUACUUCAUAAACGUCAUAUGGAUUUGACAAUGGCGGCGCCAUCUGUGUGCAAGUCACACGAUUUAUUGAGUGAUGUAAUAAAAAUGGAUAAUGCAUUUGGAGGUGAUUUAUUUUUAUCGGAAAAACUAUCGAAAGAUACCUAAAACCAAGAAGUUUAAUCGACAAAAUCAUUGAAAUUUAGUACUAGAAUAGCAUUUCCCUGAUAAUAUCAAUGUCAAGUGCCAACUAUACACUUUCUUGAUAUCGAUUUUUUUAUACGAAACUUUCUAAUUUGUGCAAUAAAUAUAACAGUGUAGCCGUUUUGUGAUUAGCAGAAUUCACAAUUUUUUAAACGAUAUUAGUUUUGAAUUUUUUUUUUUUUUUUGGAAAAAAGUGAUAUCUAGUUAUUUUCUCUAUUUUUUAUACAUUCCUUUGAUUGAAUACAAUUUACAGGGUGACGUACUAAGCUCGUUUCUUUUUCAACCUCCGAUCGCCCCACACAUUCAUUCGGACGUCAGUCGGCGUUGUGCUACAGCCACGUAAACAUGUCGGCCAUUAUAGAUGCGCGAUUCGUUUUCUACCAGGCGAUAAUACUGCAGAAAUCCAUCGGAGGUUGAAAAAAAAACGGCCUUCGUCCGAACAUAAAGUAUUCUUGAUGAAAAAUAGUUUUUAUUCGAAAAAAUUGUCUCGAGAUUGAUUCCUUUCUUACCUUGAUUACCUUAAAUUAAAUUUGCAUCGGUUCCUUGUGAAAAUAAUGAAACUGCAAGUAAGAAUUAGUCUCUUGAUAAUGUGUUUAUUGCAAUUCUAUUCUGUGAUUCACCCUGUAUGUUUAAAUCGUUGGCGUGGUCGCUGAUUUUUUUGUUUACUUGUAUAUUUACACGAUUACUUAAGCAAUAAAGUAUUAUAAUUAUGUAUUACAUAUUAAUUAAAUAUUUCUUUAUUAUCUGUAUGAUUUGCUGCGCAAGCUGUAACGUUAUUUAUUUUCUUAACAUUUUAUAUUUAUUUUUACAAUAUAUUUGUUUAAC